AUGGGUCGACCCCGCCUUUACCACACACCUGAGCAAAAGAGCCAAGCACGCAAGGAGACGUUAAAAAGGUACUAUGUCAAACACUGCGCCCAAAUACGCCGUCAAGCGCGUCGUCGGUUUAAAAGGGCCCAAAAAUCGCUGCAACAGGAAUUAGAGAAGCAGCCGAUAGCGGGAGCCAUUGAAACGCCGGAUCCGUUGGAGCUUGAUAACGAUGAUCCCCUGAAAGUCAUCGCCUCCGCUCAGGGACAUUUUGAAAAGCUUACCAGAGGGUCCAUCUCAGGGUAUCUGUCUGAGGUUGUUGAAAGAUGCCUCAAUGACAUUGAUGGCAGCAAAGAAUACUGCCAAGUGACGUCGAGCGUCUGGGACAGCUUCUUGCAUGAUGUGCAAGACACCCUCUCGUCCGUUUUGCAAGAGUACGGUUGCAGACCAGAGUAUGAUGUCGGCGAGGCCACACACUUAGAUAUACGGCAUGUCAUAGGUUUAAUCGCCGAGGUUGAGGAACUGUUGUUAUCGUCGCCCAGCCAACUUUGGGAAUGGCAUGCUCUCGGACGUCUAGCCUACCAAAAUCUAUGA